AGCAAACAGUUUGCAUACAGACACCGAUGCUACGGCAAGUAGUCAAAUACAUAAGUGUGUUUGCUUUACUACAACUACGUCGUCGACUUGAAUCAGUAAAAAAUUACGAUGGCUGAAGAAUGUACCACGCCUAAACAACAUUGGUGAAAAAAGAUUAGAGUGUGAUCCAAUGUGAAGGAAAUCUGAGCGACAUCGUACACAAAAAAAUAUAAACGUGAAGAAAAGUUGUAAAAAGUAAAACAGUUAGUGAAAGUGAUCAAAAACAGUUCUUCAUUGAAGAUUACAUGUACACAUAAAAAAUGUGGCGUAAAAAUUUACAAACAUUAUUAGUGGUUUUAUUUGCUGUACUUCAAGUACAUGCAUUGGUUCAUUCGCCACCCAGAAUAAUUAAACAGCCACCAACCGACGAGUUGCUGUACCAAGUAGCUCAACAAUCGAACGAAAACGACAAACCAUUUUUGAUUGAAUGUGAAGCCGAAGGAGAACCAGCACCAAAAUAUCGAUGGAUAAAGAAUGGCAAACAAUUCAAUUGGCAGACAUAUGAUGAUCGUAUGUCACAGCAACCGGGCCGUGGUACAAUUGUCAUAACGCGACCGCGCGACGAGGAUUUGGGUCAAUAUCAGUGUUUUGCCGAAAACGAACAUGGUACUGCCACAUCAAAUUCCGUCUUUGUACGCAAAGCUGAGCUCAAUACAUUCAAAGAUGAGCAGCCAAAAACUGUAACUGCCAACGAAGGUGAUCCAUUCAAAUUGCAAUGUCAACCGCCAGACGGUUGGCCCAAACCGAACGUAUAUUGGUUGAUCCAAAAUACCGACGGCGGUAUUAAAAGUAUAAAUAAUUCACGAAUGACAUUGGAUCCCGAAGGAAAUUUACAUUUUUCAAAUGUUACACGAUACGAUGCAUCUGACGAUUUUUACUAUGCUUGUGCAGCUACCUCAGUAUUCCGUAAUGAAUACAAAUUGGGAAAUCGUAUACUUUUGGAUGUUGUUCAAACCGGUAUAUCACCAACACAAAAUAAACAUCAGCCAACCCAGCAAUAUGUAUCGCGUAAGAAUGAAGUGGCACUGCGUGGUAAAAAGGUUGAACUCUAUUGUAUUUACGGUGGUACGCCGCUGCCGCAGACCAUAUGGAGUAAAGAUGGACAGGCGAUACAUUGGAAUGAUCGAAUAACGCAAGGAAAUUAUGGAAAAUCAUUGAUUAUACGUCAUGCAACAUUUGAAGAUGCUGGAUCAUACACGUGUGAAGCAUCGAACGGUGUUGGUAAUGCACAAAGUUAUUCAAUUAACUUAAAAGUGAAUGCGGUACCGUACUUUACGAUCGAACCUGAAAUUCAAAAUGCUGCCGAAGAUGAGAGUGUUGAAUUCCAUUGCGAAGCAUCGGGUGUACCAGAACCGGAAAUCAAAUGGAUUUAUAACGGAAAACCAAUUCAAGAAUCAGCAAGAAACGAUCGACGAAGUGUUCAAAGCAAUAAAAUCACCAUCACUGGCUUGAAAUCGAGCGAUACCGGCAAUUACGGUUGUAACGCAACCAAUUCAUUGGGCUAUGUUUACAAAGAUGUGUAUUUGAAUGUGUUGGCAUUGCCUCCAGAAAUUACUGAACCACCACGAAAAGAAGCGACCGUUGAUCGUCGAACAGUUACAUUGCGUUGUCGUGUAUUCGGCGCUCCGGCACCAGAAGUUAAAUGGCUUCGCAAUGAUUUGGAAUUGACUGGUGGACGGUAUCAAACUCAAUCAAGUGGUGAUUUGGUCAUUCAAGACGUUACCUUUGCCGAUGCUGGCGAUUACACUUGCCAUGCACAAAAUAAAUUGGGUGAAACCAAGGCAAGCGGAACAUUGAUUGUUAAAGAGCACACAAAAAUUACCGACGAACCACAAGAUUAUGAAGUGACCGCCGGUAAUCCGGCAACAUUCCGUUGUAAUGCAGUCGCCGAUUCAUCGUUAGAUUUGAAUAUUAAAUGGCUUAGCGAUGACGAAGAAAUUGACUUUGAAAAUGAGCCACGUUUCGUUCGGACCAACGAUAAUUCAUUGACUAUUUCAAAAACGUCCGAACUUGAUUCCGGCCAAUACACAUGUGUUGCAUCCACUGAUCUUGAUGAGGCACGUGCAUCAGCAACAUUAAUCGUUCAAGAUGUUCCGAAUGCACCGCAAUUAACUGGUAUCAGUUGUCAUGCACGCGAAGCAUUCAUUUCAUGGAAACCAUUGGGUGACAAUCGAGCUCCAAUUCUUUAUUAUACAAUUCAAUAUAAUACAUCAUUUACACCUGAUAUUUGGACCGUUGCCUACGAUAAAGUUCCAUCCACCGAUUUUACAUACAAUGUUCCGAUGAGCCCAUGGGCGAAUUAUACAUUCCGUGUCAUUGCUUUCAAUAAAAUUGGACCAUCACAGCCAAGCGGUCACAGCGAAUCGUGUACAACUCAAUUAGAUGUGCCUUUCAAAAACCCCGACGAUGUCAAGGGUGAAGGUACGACACCAACAAAUUUAGUCAUUUCAUGGACACAUAUGCCACAAAUUGAGCAUAAUGGUCCCGAUUUUCACUAUCGACUUUCAUGGAAGAGAGAUAUUCCAACCGAUAAUAAUUGGAAUCACGAUGACAUUUAUGAUUGGCGAAAAGAUAAUUAUGUUAUAUUGGAUCAACCGACAUUUGUACGGUAUCGCAUCAAAGUGUUGGCCGUCAAUAAAAAGGGUGAAUCGAAUACGGCACCUAUUGAGACAUUCGGCUACUCCGGUGAAGAUCAUCCAACACAGGCACCAACAAACUUUACUCUGGUUCAAGUGACGGCAAGUACAUCGGCAAUUCUCAGUUGGAAUCCAGUUCCAAUUGAAAGUAUUAAUGGUCAUUUCAAGGGAUACAAAGUGCAAACUUGGACCGAUGUUGAUGGUGAAGAAAAUACACGAGAAAUUCAUGUGAAAGGAGAUUCAACGCAAGCGUUAGUUACAAAAUUCCUUCCCGAUGCUAUAAAUUAUGCUCGAGUUUUGGCAUUCAAUAGCCGUUACAAUGGACCGCCCAGUGCCGUCAUUGAUUUUAAGACACCCGAAGGUGUUCCAAGCAGCGUUCAAUCGUUCGAAGCAUUUCCACUUGGUUCAUCUGCAUUUUUAUUGCGAUGGAAGAAACCAUUGCAACCAAAUGGAAAAUUAACCGGAUACAAAGUUUACUAUGAAGAAGUAUUGGGAACAGCCGUCCAAUCGAAAUUGGAACGUGAACCACAUAUUGACGAUCCCCGUAGUACACAAGCCAAAUUGGCCGGACUUAAGGAAAAUACGAAGUAUCGUAUACAUAUUGUUGGAACAACGAAAGCUGGCGAAGGAGAAGACUAUUUUAUCGAACAAAAAACACUGCCAGGAGGUUCAUACCCACCAGAUCGUCCAGAAUUCAUAUGGGAACAAUUGCCAUCAGAGAAUCCUUAUCCAAAAGUUAAAGUACAUUGGCUUCCAAACGUUAACGGACGGCCAGGCACUCAUUUCUAUGCAAAGUAUCGCAUUAAGGGCGAAACACAAUGGGAAACAACUAAAGACAUUAUCGACAAUGACUUCGUUGUUAUUCCUGGUCUAGAACCAGAUCGAAGAUAUGAAUUCAUUGUGACAUCAGUCGAUGGCGACCAUUUCACAGAAAGUGCAAUUCAAGAAGUUCAAACCGUCGGCGAAGAUGGUCCAAAUAAGGUUCCAAGUGAAAAUAUGGCCGCAGCCGGGUGGUUAAUUGGAAUGUUGUUGGCGAUUGCAUUGUUGUUGUUGCUGCUCAUCAUUGUCUGCAUAAUCAAACGGAAUCGUGGCGGUAAAUAUGAUGUAUAUGAUCGAGAACUCGCCAAUGGUCGACGAGACUAUCCAGAAGAAGGUGGUUUCCAUGAAUAUUCACAGCCACGACAAACAACCGAUACAAGUAACAUUGUUGAACAAGCAAAACCACAUCAUUUAAAUAUUCCAGAAAAGAGUUCAAAAUUGGACAAUAAAAGUGCUGGUCGUCAAUCGAUCGCAUCAAAUCUCAUGAAACCAGAAGAUGAAGUUGACGAUGGUGAUUCAAUGGCAGCAUAUGGUGAAGGUGACACAGUGGGCCAGUUUGCAGAGGAUGGCUCCUUUAUAGGUCAAUAUGUUCCGGGAAAGUUAAAUCCACCAGUAAGUCCACCAACACCACACUCUUCUCAUCAGCUACAAACCGUAUCAUCAAAACCACAAUUGCCAAAUGGUAAUGGAAACAUCGGACCAAAUAGCGGUGCGAUUGCAACAUAUGUCUAAACUAAACAAAAAAAAAACGCUUUUCAUUAUCAAAACGCAACAAACAUUCACAAGACCGUUAAGAACAUAUUAAAAACAAGACAAAAAACAUUAUUUUAUGUUUCAAAAAAUAGACGAGAUAAAAGAAACCAAUUUCAAACGUUUUUGAACGUUGCAGCUAUCAAUAAAAGUAUAAUAAGAUGUUCCUGUUUCAAAAUAUAAAGCAAAAGUUGAUAAAACUGUAAUGAUGCGAUAAAAUUGCUCUCAUCCAGGAUAUCAAUAAGAAAAUUUAUAGACAAAAUUCGAUAAGAAACUUUGUAUUAAGCACUUAAACUCAUGUUUACUUAUUAAUCGCUCACAAUUUUGUAACACACCACCUCUAAUGCAGCUUAAUAUCGUGGAAUUCACAUGCAGCUAUUUUUCUGGAGCCAGCAAUUCUUUUUUUUAUAUAUUGUAGAAAAAUAUUUUUGUUAUUACCAAAAAAAAUGAAAAGAAAAGCUAAUAUAAAUGUAUAGAAGACGAAUGUAGAAAAUUGAAGAUUUUUUAAAAAAAAGUGAAACAUAAAAUCAGAACUUGAUCAAAUGAAGAAAGCUAUUAAAUUUUUCUUUAUACAUAUUUUAUGUUUGCAAUAUAAUUCAAUUAUUAUAUCUUAUUGAAACCAGUGAUUCCAAACUUGAGAAUCUCAUUCUACACGUAGCCUUACGACCAUUUUUUUUAAUUUUACAAUUUGAUCGUCUUAGAUCGGUAUCAAGCAGCUUUUAUUUGGGUAUAUUUACCUUAAAUUUAUGUAUGGCAAUUAAUUCAUUUCAAAGAAGCAUAACAUUUUAAAAAUCAGUUGCCAUUCUCGUUGGAGAUGCAUACAUCACAUUUAUUGUGUUCUCCGUAUCUUAAUAAAUUCAAUGCUUAUCAAAUGCUCGGCCAUAGCUGAGCCUAGAUACGUAUGUCAAUCAAUCGAAAUUUGGGUAAUUGUUUUUCCAAAACAUACAAUAAGAAAAUCAAACAAAUUAGAUAAAAUCGAGCUUUUUUAUACUUAAGAAUAUAUUCGUUUUUGUUUGCGUUCUCAUAGGAAUAAAGAAAUGUGGAAAAAGAAAUUCAAUCUACGAGAAAAAAUGCAUUUUUGUCGAGCUCAUCGCACUCUGAUCAUAGAUCUAUCUAAUAAUUCCACACAUUAAAUGUUCGCAUCUCUGUCUAACGUCACUUUCGUCACACAUUUUUUAUUUGUUUACAAACAAAUUUUAUUUUUUAAAUUUCGUUUCAACAACAUUUUGUAUACAACGGUAUAAUUAAUGAUUUUUAAAAUGUAUAUGUUAAUGCAAUCAAUAAAUGCAAAGGCGUGAAACACAUUCAAAAUGUGACACGAACUUAAAAGUACAAUAAGCAAGAACAAAUUAGCGAAAUCAAUUAUUGUAUGCAUUUCUAUAAGUGGAAACGCACAGAUUUCCGUCACCAAUACGUUAGCUUCAAAUACCGGCGCAAUUAUUAUAACAAUGAUCAAUCCGUGUUACGAAAAUCUCAUUUCGUAACAAAUGAAAGACACUCGCUUUAGUUCACUCUUGUUUCCAUGGCAACACACCACUGCUGAAUUAAAACAAUCAUAACAUACAAAUCCAUAUGACCCGAAAUUAAGACUUCAAAUAGCAACUACGGUAUAAUGUUGUAGAAAUAGACAUCGUUAAAAUGUAUUUUUUAUUACAAAAAUCUGUACAUAAUUGUCAUGUGAACAGAAAAGAACAUUUAAAACUCGCAUUUCAUCUCAGACAAAUUUCGAAGCAGAUAACACAGUUUAUACAGUUACAGAACGUAAAAAAAGGAGUGAACAAAACGGACGCUCAGAAAAUUAUGCAUUUUUUUGUUUGAAUAUAUAAAAAUGAAAUAUAUUUAUUUUAAUUUUUAUAA